AUGGCUGCUCAGGGUGUCAAUACACACGAUAGCGAACAGCGUUUCUGCGGCCAGCUCGUCUGGAAAUCCGCCGCAGAGGCCCUCGAAUUCGCAGGAAACAUCUACAACUCGCCAUUCCCGGCCGGCAACCUCAUACUCUGGGCAGACGGCUCACACACUGAAGACGAGAACGUGACAAUAACUGCCGCAAGCGGCGCGGUGGCCUACAUGCCAUGCUGGAACAUGUCAACGCGGAAGGAGGACGCGUUCUGGACGGACGCCAAGGGCGAGACGGACGCGAAACGGGCUUGGUGGCAAGAAGACGCCUUUAUGCUCUCAGGUGACGGAUGUUCGCUUGAUGCCGAGCUCUCUGCCAUCGCGCGUGCGCUUGGAAUCGCUGUCCAUGAGGCCGGGAACCGGCUCGCGCGCUCGCGGGUCCUGCAGCAGACGUACGCCGAGGCCGGCCAGACGAUGCCGCAUGAAGACCCCAAGGUCACCAGGAUCAUCGUCUUCACUGACUCUGCAUAUGGCAUCUCCUAUAUCAGAGAUCAGAGGGCCUGGUCCAAUUUGCGGAAUCGCGCGAGUAAGCGCCGUGCUAGCGAUGCCCAGGCACUUCAAGCCCGGAGGGAAUUAGUGCGGUUGAUUGUCGAGAGGUCGCAUCUCCUGGCAGCACUUGGAGUCGAGAGGUUAGGGCUUCACUGGUGUCCAAGCCACAGCGGCGUCUUGGGGAACAUACUCGCCGACAGAGCUGCUCGAGAUCUCACGAAGCACCAUUUCAACCUCGUCAAGCUCCAGGCGGCUCGCGCCUUGACGGAAGCUCAUCAUCGCCCUCGUCCGCCUCCCGCUGGCUCUACCCCUCUGUCUCUCCUUCCGAAUAUUCGCCCGCAGCUCUCAUAUGGUGUCAGUCAUAGCGAAUGGAUGGCCAUCGUGGUCAAUGCGCUGCAGAUUAAAAACAACGGACUAAGAGGUCUGCUGCGGAAUAAGAAGAGAAUUCGCGCAACUGAGAGGCGGAGGAGGAGGAGCAUUCUCGCUGACGAGGGCUUGGAGCGCCGUGCAAGACAGUGGAAGGAGUUUAGUACCCGCCGCUAUGCCAGAGCGAAGGGAAUUCCCAGGUGGACAGACUGAGCGGAACUAGUGCCGCAAUUG